UUCCAGUGACUCUUAGAAUGUUCGAGAAACCAAACAAGAUACUCUAAAAUGGAGCUCUGUUCCAUAGCAAUUGAUGAUUGUAAUGAUCUCUCUUCAUCACUCUCAAACAGGUAAGAUGUCAGAUUACGAAAACGUUGUUGCUGGGAAGUUAAGACUAAAGGGAAAAGCUCUAGAUGUGAAAUCUAACGGGAUAAAAAAGAAAAAGAAGCACAAGCAUCAGUAUGAUCUCGUGACUCAAGUGACAGGUGGAAACAACACAUUGACAACAAACCAACUUGAGGAUGAUAUAGACGAUAGUUAUCUUGACGACAGAGGGAGGAAAGAACAAGUAACCAAGAACGACGAUCAUCUAACACUAGCAGAGAGAAAAUACCUCGAGCAGUGGGAGAAACUAAACAUCAAACGACUGGCAAAAGAAGCCAAGAAAUCCCACCGCGAUAGAAUUCAAGAAUUUAAUCGAUACCUAGCUAAUCUUACUGAGCAUUAUGACAUUCCAAAAGUUGGUCCUGGUUAAGAUGAAGCAGUCUUUGGUAACUCCAUUUUUUUCCUGUCAUUUUGUGCAUGCUAUGGAUUGUUUUGAGUCUUGAAUUCAAAUCGAUUUGUACUGUAGCUGAAAACUGCUGCUUGUUUCUUAGACUCAAUGCCCCAAAAACUAUAUGAGAAGUUCUAUAAGUUG